ACCGCACAUGAACGGCUGCUCUUUAUGGUGGAUGAGCAUAAUGUUUCUUCGUCUGCCAGCCUCAGAAAAUGAACACCACUCUGUGUGACUCUUUAGUGACCAUGUAUCACCUGACAACAGACCAUCAACUGAACGGCAGCUGCAACUACUCUUCUCCACCUUCCAACUGGACAGCGGGAGGUGACGCCCUGCAGCUGCCCACAUUCACCACGGCAGCCAAAGUCAGAGUGAUUAUUACCUUCAUCCUCUGUGCCACAUCGGCCUUUUGCAACCUGGCUGUGCUGUGGGCGGCGCACAGUGAUGGGAAACGCAAAUCCCAUGUCAGGGUGCUGAUAAUCAACCUAACAGUGGCUGAUCUGCUGGUGACCUUCAUUGUGAUGCCUGUGGAUGCAGUGUGGAACAUCACAGUCCAGUGGCUUGCUGGGGACUUUGCCUGCAGGCUACUGAUGUUUCUUAAGCUGCAGGCAAUGUACUCCUGCGCCUUUGUCACGGUGGUGAUCAGUCUGGAUAGGCAGUCAGCUAUUCUCAACCCUCUGGCUAUCAAUAAGGCAGGAAAGAGGAACAGAGUCAUGCUGUCCGUGGCGUGGGGCAUGAGCAUGUUGCUGUCAGUCCCUCAGAUGUUCCUUUUUCACAAUGUGACCAUCAUCCACCCCGAGGACUUCACUCAGUGUACAACACGUGGUAGUUUCGUCACUCACUGGCAUGAAACAGCCUACAACAUGUUCACGUUUUCCUGCCUGUUCCUGCUGCCGCUGGUCAUCAUGAUCACCUGUUACACAAGGAUCUUCUGUGAGAUCUCCAAACGACUGAAAAAGGACAGCUUGCCCUCCAAUGAAGUGCAUUUGCGGUGUUCGAAGAAUAACAUCCCCAAAGCCCGGAUGAGAACUCUAAAAAUGAGUAUUGUGAUUGUCUUGUCUUUUAUUAUCUGCUGGACUCCAUACUACCUGCUGGGCCUGUGGUACUGGUUCUUCCCUGAUGACCUGGAGGGGAAGGUCUCCCACUCACUGACCCACAUCCUGUUCAUCUUUGGCCUUGUCAACGCCUGCCUGGACCCAGUCAUCUACGGCCUGUUCACCAUUCGCUUUCGAAAGGGGCUCCGGAGGUACUACUGCAAUGGCACCACAGCAUCUGACAUGGAUACUAACACAGUUAUAACUGGAUCUUUCACUUGUGCUGUCAAUUCUUUACCGCUGAAAAGAAAAGUGAGCCCUGCCAGCCAGGAGAGGUUCAUUCUGUGCAGCGAUGCUCACAGCAGAGCAGAGUCAGCCUCACCAGGAAGCAGCUUUUUAACAGCAGACGAUGCAGAAAGAGAUCCAAAACAAUCCAGCCCUGAUAGCAUCAUAUGA